GGUGGCUGUGCACUAUUUCCAGCUAUGCUGUUAAAAAUUUAAAGAGACUACUCGGGUAGCGUUACAACUUUUUUCGAUUUCAGAUGAAAAUAUAAUAAGAACUAAAUUAUUUUAUAAACGUAUUUAUUUAAAGCAUCUCACAUAAGGUAUGUCGCUAACGGUCUUGGACCGCCUCGGUUUGGCUUGAAACUUGAACCGCAAACAGCAAAUCAUUUCCUGCAAAUGCUCACAAGUCCUGAACAGAGCUACGAGUGUUGAUAUAAGACUAUAAGUUGAUACAGGAGGGAGAGCUUACCGCGUCCGUCACGGUCCGUGCAUACAGAAGUCAUUGCUGUUCGUGCUUUAGAAGUAGUUAUCCUUACGACCCUACAAAAUGUCAUUAUUGGCGGGAACAAGGAAGAAACAAGUCAUAUCGCUCAACCCACAGGGAAAAAGUUCUUCAUCUGACUGGCAGCAGUUUGGCUCAAAACUUAUGCAGAAAUAUGGCUGGCAACCUGGCGAUGGACUGGGUAGUGAACGGCAGGGCGAUACCGACUAUCUUCAACCCAAAUUCAAAGAUGAUCAGAGAGGUUUGGGCUGCAGCAUUCAGCAUGAAAACAACUGGCUGGCACACAAUGACGAUUUUAAUGCAAUUUUGGCCACUCUCAACAAGAAACCUGAAAACUCAGCGAUAGGAAUGACAGUCGGGGACGCUAAAUUACCGGCCACAAUGCCUUUAGAAGAAAAAUCAAAAUCGACGAAAGGCCGCAUUCAUUAUCACAAGUUUGCAAGGGGAAAGGAUUUGAGUUGCCGUUCCAAAGAAGAUAUCUCUUCCAUUUUCGGUGGACGAAUUCCUUCAACUGCUCCAACUCUGCAGCAAAAGAACGACGACAUAAGCAGCAGCGCAAUUGAAGUUUCGUCACCGGAGGUUUCGUUUGUUACCGGAUUGCAUACCACAACGAGCUCGGAUAACAUUCAGGAUUAUUUCCAGAAGAAAUUGAAACAAAAGAAGGAAAAGAUGUCAUCUCCGCCUGAGCCAGUGCAAAAAGAGCUUAAUAACGAUAUUCAAGCUAGGGAUGUUUUGCACCAUCAGAAAGAAUAUGACUAUAAUGGUAACGAAAGCAUACCUGCUGAACCUCCAGUAUCCGUUGAGUCCUGUCGAACGAAGAAGAAGCGAAAGCGUGUUGAAACGGUAGUUGAAUUGGUCCCACCGGAAAUCGCGUGCGCAGACGACCAGGAGUUGGAUGACGUCUCCCAUGUUGAAGAAUCCCAAAAUUCUCCGGAAAUGACAACGGCUGAGAGCGGUAUCGAUCGGUGUAGCUCAGUUAAGCUUACGGAGACUGAAGUGAUUACACAAACAGAGAAGAUGAUCAAAAAGAAACGAAAAAGAGUGGAGCAAAAUUCUGUUGUCACCACCGAGAAGAGCUCUGAUUUUGCAGUCGUGGAGAGUAAACUGCCUGAAAUGCACUUUAGCAAGUCUGUGGAAGAACAAAAUCCGGUAAUCAGAAGCGAAAAGAUCUCGCAUGACGUUGAAGCAACUAAUGAAGAAAAGAAAGAAACUACAACAGUCACUAGAUCGUUUGUGAAAACAUUUUAUGGUUUAUCGAUGGAGAGUGUGCGCAAUCAUUUUCGACGUUUAUCCGAUGAACAAAAGGGUAACAUUUUUCCCGGCUCGAAUAUAUUUGAAAUCGUGGGUUAUGGCGAUGAAUUGCUGCAUUAGAGUUUAUCACUUCUACUUGCAGACAGUUUUGAGAUCAAAUAAAAUCGCGUGGUCGUUACCGAUCUCGACAAACC